ACAAAAAUAUGGUUGGUAGGUGACUGAAGCUUUUGUCAUGUAACACGAGCACCUAAAUGUCAUUUAAAUUCCAAUACCAACUGCCCAAAGAUCCCACAGGCACUCGCUCGCUGUAGUUUGGGGGAGAUCACAUAGCAGACUCAUUUCUUUCUCUGUGUAAAAAUGUCAGCUGUAAGACUUCCAACAUCCUGUUUAGUCAAAACUGCAGCACCAAGCAGAACUUCUCCCUUAUUCAAUUGUGCAAUCCCAAGCAGAUCAAGCGCAUUUGUUAAGAGCCCUGCCUCUCUUGGUUCUGUAAAAAGUGUUUCAAAAGCGUUUGGCUUGAAGUUUUCCUCCUUCAAAGUGUCAGCAGCUGCUUACAAAGUGAAACUGAUUUUACCAGGUGGCGAGGAAUGCGAAUUUGAUGCUCCUGAUGAUGCUUACAUCCUCGACUCUGCCGAAGCUGCUGGAGUGGAUCUUCCAUACUCGUGCAGGGCAGGUGCCUGCUCUACUUGUGCCGGGCAGGUGAUUGAAGGCUCUGUGGACCAAUCGGAUGGAUCAUUCCUCGAUGACAAGCAGAUGGGGAAGGGUUAUCUGCUAACCUGCAUCUCAUAUCCCAAAUCGGACUGUGUGAUUCAGACACACAAGGAAGGUGAGCUUUUCUAAUUAAUGUUUUGAGCUUUACUUCUUGCUUAGUGAGUGAAAACGAAGGCUGCAUUCAGUCUGUAACACUCAACAAUACUUUUAACCAAGGUGGCAAUGUUGGCCACAUGAUAUUUGGGAUAGUCUUUGAAUUUAUAAAUGUGAUGAUUGUGUUGCUGCUUUAAAA